AUGUAAAAUAAGAGCAAUACUUACAAAACUUACAAAGACGUCAUUCCUUUAGAGGAAAGAAAGGAGAAAUAUAAUUACUAUAAAUAGAAGUACCCAAAAUGUGUACCGAUAAUUUUAUAAAGAUAAAAUAAUUGUAAUCUAAUUUUUCUUGACCGACCUGAAGUAUUAUUAGAUGAAGAAAAGACAGGAAACCAGCUUAUUUAAUACUUAAAAGAUUAGUUAAAGGAGAAAUCUUUAAAUAACUCUUUUUAUGUUUACUUUACAACAACUGAUAACGAAGGCAAUUCCUAAGAUACAAUGCUCCAAAUGGAGGAUAAAAUAAAAUAGAUUGCCGAAAAGUAUAAAGAUAAAGAAGAUGGGUUCCUCUAUUUGAAAUAUGAUUAUCAAUAAACUUUUGGCUGA